AUGUUCGGAGAUGAUUAUAAGGAUUUUAUUGUGGAUGAAAAGUCGGCUAUCUUAGAUGGCUGUGAACGAUAUGGCCUGCCACUCGAUCACUACCAACUCAAUAAGUUUUCCGAUCCUAAGGAUGGAAAUUGGAGAGAACUUUCUGAUGUCAUCACCAAUCUUUGUGAUAAUGCACAUCAAGAACUAGCUAAUCGCAAGAGUGGAAAUGGAAAUGGAAAUGGAUAUGGAUAUGGAAAUGGAUAUGAAAAUCACAGUCGUGAUGAAGGAGCUAGCUUUUCAGGCCAUUUUUCUACUAAUGGUGGAAAGCAAUUUAUUGGGGGUAAUUUCAAUUCGGGUGGUGGAUCAAUGACUUUUUAA